AUGGCCCCUAAAAACAAAGCCCCCCCCGCGGUGCCCGUCGCCGUCGUCGACCGCGUCCGCACAGACGGCCGCCUCGUAGCAAGCUUCGCCGACGACUCCGAAGAAGAAAUCCGCAACGGCUCUCACACCACCGCGGCCCGAAAGGCCGCCUACUGGGGCGUGCGCGCCAUGUCCAAAACCACUGCCCGCGCCGCCCAUAACGCCAAGCUCGAAAAGCUGCGUACCGUUAUCCGCAGACGCCUGCGCAGCCCCUUAUUCCUGGCCCACCUCGCCAACGUCACCGCCCCCGCGCAGCAGGUUGUAGGCGCCCACUAUGGGCCCCGUGGUAGCAUCCGUCCCGGCCGCCACAACAACGUGUGGAAGUUCCGCUCGGAUUAUGGGCCCGCGACGGUGAAGCGGAAAACAUUCGUUGUCAAGACGUUGGGGCGGGAUCCGGGAAGGACAGUGGCCGACUUUUACAAUGAGGAGCUGACGCAGCGGAUCAUGUAUUAUAAGAACGUUAUACCAGUGCCGCGAGUGUUGUUUGGGCAGACACCUGGGUUUGGGAAUGGGCUGGCCGAGUGUGGGGUGCCGCAGCAGACGGUGAUGGUGAUGGAGGAUAUAAAGGGGAGGCGGUUUACUGGAAACAUGGACGGGUGGAGCUUGAGGAAGAAGAACCAGUUCUGUAUGCAGCUUGCGGGGAUAAGGGUGCAUCUGCUGCAGAUGCGGUCGACGCACAUUGGCUCGAUGAACUCGGUCAUUGGGCUGCCGAACCCGGUGCGGGUUCCGGGCGAUUGCACAUUUCAUCGCGACAGGCCGAUUGUGGAGGGGAAUGUGAGCGGCGAGAUGAGAGACUACACGCAGUAUGCGAAUGGACGAGACGUACAGCGCACCUCAGACGGCGCCUACGCCCACGGCCCCUACGCCACCACCAUCGAAUUCGUCGCCUCCUGCCUCGAGCGCGAGCGCCUCUACUGGGCCGGCCACGACACCGCCGCCGCCGAUGCCCCCGGUGGCACUGGCCUCACGGGCGCCCAACGUGCCAUUUGGCUCACACGCGUCGGCGUCCUCCAAGGCUAUUUUGCCAAACGCGCCGCCGACCGCCUCGCCGCGCCCCCCGACCCCCCCGAAACAGGCAACUACCGGUUCUGCCACCGCGACCUCGACCGCGGCCGCAACAUCAUGGUGCGCGGCACAAAGAUCGUGGCCAUUCUCGACUGGGAAAACUCAAGCUAUCUCCCGCUCAGCGAGGCCUUCGAGGGCCUGAAUAGGAACGAGGAAUCUCUCGUAGCAACGGAGUUGCGGACGAACCUGAUGGCGACGGCCGCGGGUAAUCCCGCCCUCACACCCACCCUCCCCCAGGAGGCCAUCAGCACCAACGCCGGGUACCACGACUACGCCGAGGGCCCUGGUAGCGACUACGACUCCGACCUUGCGCUCGAAGGCGUGCGCAUGUACGGUGACUCUGACGGCGGCGACUACGACUCGGAAGACGAGAACAAGCAGGUUCCCAUGCGCAAUCCAGACCCCUAUGAGGAGCCGGGUAUCGCGAUACCUACUCAUAUGCCGCCAUAUGACUGGUGGAACGACUUUAUCUCGCCGAAGGUGGGACUGUUUGUGUUUUCGUGGCUGAUGGAGCAGGUAAAUUUGUGUCUGGGCGGCCCGUACGAUCAUCCGGAUAUGCAGCUGGUGAUGGAGAGCUUGACGGAUAGGAAUGCGCUGCUCAAGUAUUGCACGAGCAAGCAGAUUGAUCCAUUGCUGCCGUUUCCGGCGGCGACGGAGGAGGACGUGAAGAUGCUGAUUAGGGAGUUUCCGGAUGAGACCAAUAUGUAG